AAUCUUGCUACGUCACACCGGCUGAGACGCAGGGGAGAGACCGCGAUUGACGGGAGGAGCCCAGUUAUCUUGCCAGGCCGGUGCGGGGGGUGAGAGCUGCCUUGGCGAAAGAACCCAGGAGCGGCAGCGACUAAAGGGGAGCUUCUGUUCCUUGCAGGGAGCUCCUUCCGCGCUUCCCUCCGGCUUCCCUCGCGGUUUGUAGCGUUUGGUUUACAUAAGGGAAAAAUGGCUGCCGAUACUUCUGUUGAAAUAUUUUCAAAUGUUCUGGAGACUCAAAUACUUCAAACAGCCACAAUUGUAGAACAGCAACUUGAUGCAGAGCUUGAAAAAUUGGACCGGAUGGAUGAAGAUGAAUUGGAACUCCUAAAGCAAAGAAGGCUUGAAGCACUGAAGAAAGCCCAGCAACAGAAACAAGAAUGGCUUUCAAAAGGACAUGGGGAAUAUAGGGAAAUUCCCAGCGAGAGAGAUUUUUUUCAAGAAGUGAAAGAGAGUAAAAAUGUAGUCUGCCAUUUUUACAGAGAUUCAACAUUCAGAUGCUUAAUAUUAGACAAGCAUUUAACUACAUUGGCAAAAAAGCACAUUGAGACCAAGUUUAUCAAAUUAAAUGCUGAAAAAUCCCCAUUUCUGUGCGAGAGACUUCGCAUCAAAGUAAUUCCCACCCUAGCACUUGUAAAAGAUGGGAAAACCCAGGAUUAUGUGGUAGGCUUCACUGAUUUGGGAAACACAGAUGAUUUUACCACAGAAACCUUAGAAUGGAGACUAGGCUGUGCAGACAUAAUCAACUACAGUGGCAACUUGAUGGACCCCCCUUUCCAGAGCCAAAAGAAGUUUGGAACGAGUUUCACAAAGCUGGAUAAGAAAACGAUCAGAGGGAAGGCAUACGAUUCGGAUUCAGAUUCGGAUUAGACAACGUGAUAAUUAAAAAUGUUUGUAAAUCAUCUUUUUCUUUAAGCUUGAUACAUUUCUAGGAAUGUUUUUAUAAAGUUCUUUUUUUCAGGACAUUUGCACAUAAAGCUCAUUUUCUAAACAAUUUUAUACAACUCAUGAGAAGAAAUCGUAAAUAUUUUUUUUUCCUUCUUGGGAGGUCAUUUCUAGGCUGAAAAAAAAUCUGAGCCCUUUUGAAAUAGUUCUUGGCUGGAUAAUUUUCUGUAUUUGUAAGUUAGCAGUCGUUCUUCGAAACGCGUCUUAGUAUUUUAAACCACCUGUUACUGAUUGACAGAGAACACAUCAAGAAUGGUUAUAAAUUAUUCCAGAAGCAAUGCAUUAACAAAAUCAUUGCUUGUCUCACAGUGCCAUGAGCAUGGCAGUAUGGCAGUGCCUAGCUUUAACUACAUUGCACAUCAUAUUAUCAGCCUGUCUUGGCUGCUGUUUAAUUGAAAUGGCUACCAAAUGCAUACUCUGCAUGCUGAAGCUAAGUCAGAAGUUUAAUUGCUCAUGGCAACAAUUAAAUUGAAACAUAACUUACUUUCAGGAUUAAUUAAUGUAAUUCUGUGGUUUGUUGAAUGAACUAGAUUGGAGAAGAUUCAGGGUCUGUGGAUAAGAACAUAAUUUCUUGUUCUGUUCUUCAGCAAUAGACAUUCCAUGAGAAUCCCUAUUUUUGGAAUGUUAAAGGCCCUUUUGAAUCUCAUAGUGUAACUUGAUGAAUUUUGCUUCUCUUAGGUGGCCAUUAGAUCCUGAAUAAUGAAAGCUUGUCUGCCCCUCAGGAAGCAAAGGAUCCUCUGCUAGGAUCAAAUAUGUCUAUAAAUAUAUCUGUAAAACAGAAACCCGUCCUUCCAAAUGCACUUAGUGACACAAAUCCAACCAUAAUCAAAACAGUCCACUGACAAGAAUAAACAAAUGUCACAUUCAGAGAGCAGGAGAAGAGAAGAGGGAUGAAGUUGAGGGGGAAUUGGGGUAUUACUUUCGGUCAAGCAUGGAUGGUGGAUAGAGCUUCUAUAUCCUAUUGAGGUCUGAGGCUGCCAACUGCCUCAGAAGGUGCAGAGCCAAUUUGGUUCCUCACCUUAGCAAGUCAGCAAUAUCUUUCUCUUAACUAAUACUGAUUCUUUUUUAUGUUCAUAUAAUUCAAAAUAAAAAUUAUUUGAAUUCUAA